UUAUCGCCCCUCAAUCGUUUUUAGUCUAUGCUUUUGAGUAGGCAAAUCGAAUGUUUCCAUGUUCCGUCUCAAUUUUAUAAAAUUCGAUUUCAUGGAAAUCGCGAAUAAAUAAAGUAGGCGUGAAGGUCCCUCGAUCAUCUAGAUUUGUCAUUAAAAGCGAAAAUCUCGGUCUACUCUGUAACAAUUCAGUCAGACUAGUCAUUAUAGAGAAAAGUUUCGUCUCGGAUUCACGUAGAAGACUUUCACCGGAUACAUCAAUAAUUAGAUUAUACGAUUCAGAUUUCAGAUUGUUCCGCAUAUCAGUGAAAUAAAUGUUACAAUGUCCCCGUGCGUAUGGUCAGUAACUGAUAUAACUCUGUGAAGUACUGUGUGGUUCGUUUAAGUGACAAAGCAAAAGCGUCGGCAGCUCCCACUCGUCACUAUUAUCCCAUCCGUGAUUACGUUGCGCCGGGAACAGGGCACUCUAGUUAGUCGCCGCGGGGACUCCAAAGCGGUAAAUACGGAGUCGCAAAUCCUGCACCGCAUCAUUUAUCGCCAAGAUUUCGAUUUGAAAAUGGUGCAGCAGGAUUUGACUUAGGUGCGUGGGACGGUGGUACAUGAUCUGACGGUGAUGGGCUUAGUGCUGGUGUGAGUGACAGGCAGACAGUGCCAGUGCAGUGUAGUGUAGUGUCUAGUCAAGUGUAGUCGAGUGUCCGUGGAGCAGGGAUGCCCUCCGUGAUGUUGUCCGCAGUGCUGGAAGAGGAGCCCGACCUGUACGAGGCUUUUCCUCCACAUGUUGACCCCUCCGGAAUCACCAUCCUAACUGACAGCCCACCAGGCAAGAAAGCGCCGCUCAAGACCUUCGAGGAGCUCCAGCCGCUGCUGCAGCAGGGCCGCAAGCGCGACCUCAAGCUGCUCAUCCGCGAGAACUCGUGGCCCAUCAACAGCCCCAUCCGUGCCUCGCUCUGGCCGGCGCUCUGCCGACAGCACCAGCAUGGCAAGUCCAUGCUCGACGGAUUCUACUGGGACAUGGUUACGCAGGUAUUCGGCACGGUGGAGCUGCCGGAUAAGCCAAUCAUGCUCCCGCCGUUCGUGGAGGCGACCCACUGCCUCGGGUACCACCUGACCCGCAAGGGCCGGGCGGUGGCCGACCGCGUCGUCUCCGUGCUCGGCUACGCCUGUCCCGACAUCACGUACAGCCCCAGUCUCUAUCCCAUCACCGCUGCUCUACUACACUUCAUGCCUGAAGAGGAAUGCUACCACUGCAUGGCAAGCCUCGUCGCGUCCAAGGAGAAGAUGUUCAUCACACAGACCAAACUGCUGAACGAGGUCACGUGGAAGACAGUCAUGCAGAUCGCAAAAAAACAUGCCAAGUCGGCCGCGCAGCAUUUGUCGCGGCUAUCUGGCGCCAUCGGCCCCGAGCGCAUCUACGCCGACUGGCAAUGGUGGAUCCUGGCCGCUCUUCCCUUCCCCCAUCUGGUGCGAGUGCUCGACUGUUUCUUCCAUGAAGGAAUCAAGGUGUUCUACAGGGUAGCACUCGCUAUCCUGAUCCUGUUCAACAAGCACUCCACCAACCAGAAUUCCGAGUGGUACGCCGAGGCCACGAAGAAUGGAGUCGAUCACGCCGUCGACAAAUUCUGCAGGAACAUGCCUGCUUCCCCCACCAAACUUCUUAGGACCGCUUUUAGUAUAAGGGCACUAAGUUCACAGUACAUAUCCCGAGUGUUCAUAAAGACGGAGAUGACGUUGAAGUCAAAGCAGGUGAUAACGGGCUCGCGGCUGAUGCGGUCGCGCUCCUCCGACAACCUGCCCACCAGCCAGUCGCAAGUCAACAUACAGAUGAUGUCGCACACGCUCACCAUACGCGAGAGAAUGUCUGAGGAAACGUGCAAACAGAUGGGCUCACAUUCGCCGGGCCCGCGCGCCCUUUCGAUGGGCGUUUAUCCAAUCCAAGCGAUCAAGUCGCAGAUUCUAGACCAGAGCGAAUUGUUCACGCUAUGGUCGUGGCUGCCGGUGCGCAUAACCAUGUACCAGCCGGUACUGUUGUAUACCACGGAGGAACACGGCUGUUCCUUGACCACAUUCUACGUGAGGGUUGAGCACCACGAGCCUACGUUACUGAUGAUCAAAACAUGCAAUAACGAGGUGUUCGGCGCAUACUGCUCGACGCGCUGGUUCGAGCGCAACCAGAAGGACGAGCGCGGCAACCGCCAGGCCUACUUCGGCACCGGCGAGACAUUCCUCUUCAGCCUUUACCCGGAGCGCGCCAAGUACCCGUGGGUGGGCUGCUCGCUCGCCGCCGACGGCAAGGGCGACGAGCGCGUCUCGCACGGCUCCGAGCUGUUCAUGGCCGCCGACUCCAAGAUGAUCACCAUCGGCGGAGGAGACGGGCAGGCAAUAUGGAUGGACGAGAACAUCCGAUUCGGCAAAACUGACCGUUGCUCCACCUUCAACAACCCGCCGCUCUGCCCCAGCGGCGACUUCGAGAUACGGGUGCUCGAGGUGUACGGCUUCUCCGGCGCCUAGACAUCGAUAUCGACAUAUCGAUAUAUCGAUACUCGACGCGCGCCCGAAGGACGCCUAGGAGUGUAAUCUCGAGUCGCUACCCGCGUGUGCUGUGAUGUUCCGCUCCCGAUAUCGAUACUCGACACUUCGCCUCCCACCAGUGAAUUCGCUCGAAUAUGCGCGUAUCGAACAAAUUAGUCCUUAUCUAGUGCAACGAUUCUUAUAUAAAAAAAAGUAUUAUAAUAAAUUUAAUCCGUGCGAACGGGCGGAUUCACUGCCUCCGAUACGCUUAGCAAAACUUCACUUAGCUUUCGGAACCGUGCACGCGAUAUUCGACCGUACGACGUCUAAUUAAGAGCCUUAAUGGCAUGCACCGUUUUGACAAGAAGUGUUGCUAGUGUACAUUUUGUACGAGUGUUUGGGCGUUGCGGCAACAUCGACCCGCGAUUUUCAUCCGCGAAAAUCGAAAUCUUUGUAGUUUAUUACAAAGCGUAUAUAAAUUUUAUAUCUCCUAGAUAUAUGUGCGUGGAUUUUAAUAGUAUUUCGAUGUUAUGUCGCGGAGGACGUGCGAUUUUUUUAUUACUUGCCGUCUCAACAGACUGUGUAGAUGUAUUCCUAUAUUUAUUCUACGUGUGACCCCCGUAGUUAAACGUUAACAGUUAACACGCCUGUCCGUUCAAGACAACGAACUGGGGAAAUUAGGUUGUUUCUAUUAAUAUUUAAUCUAUAUAAUAGUUGUCUGUGUGUUAAGUACAAAUGGAUGUGUCGUAUAGUAUCUUAUCUCGGAUGAAUACGCUUACGUGAAGCAAUAUUAGUGGGCCUGGUACGGUUUGCUCGAGUCUAGAACAUUCCAGUGAAAAGGCAUACUACACUCGGCUACGUCAAACAUUAAGGUGGCAUUCGGAUCAUGGCGAUCGCGAAUUGCUCUCCUGAUCGCUCCAAGUUAAGCGUGAGAGCUAUUGCAUUCAACAUUUACGGGCGGAACGCACUCAAAAGCGAGAUGCGUGAUGUGUGAACAACGCGAGUCAACGUUCGGAUUUCAUUAAUUUUUGAAAAUUAACUGACAUUUUUAACAAACUAUAGAUAUUUGAAAUUAUUAUUAAGUAAAGUUUGCCUUAUAGUCAACAGUUAUGCAAUUUUGUAGUUCCUUACAUGGUUUAUUUACGCACGAAUCACUCAAAAUUCGGCUUAAAAUAAAGACGUAGAGACGUAUAAGAAGAUUUUUUUUUUUGAAAGUACAUAAUGACCUUUCAGGUCAUUAUGUACUUUCAAAAAAAAAAAUACUAUAUUUAUUGUUUUAGGAUAAUGGCGAGAUAAACCGAUGUCUGACCUUAAAUUUAUAAUGAAUAUCGGUCUUGGUUAUAGAUCUAGAACAACAAAUAAUGAAAUAAUGUAAUACGUUAAUAUGGAGAAGCACGUAAGAAGUGUAACUGUCAUGCAACAACCUAACAGGCGCAGGCGCAAGCUGCGGUCGCCAAGAUCCGAACGCUACCUUAAGGGGAAAGGGUUCAGAUGAACGCAAGAUAAUGGAGACAGUAUUCGGUAUCGCUAGUGGACUGCAUCGCUUUAGGCUUGUCUAUGAAUGUGUACUCAAACCGUUUUCACUAUUGCUCACAAAAUGUACCAAAGAUGUUUAUUGUAGUUUAUCUGUGGGGGAAUGUUUGGCGAUACUCGAGUCUAUGCAUUUUGGUUGCCGGACGAAGUUGUCUAUUGGCACUACGUAUUAUAUUUAUAAUAUAAUGCGUAAAAAAUGACUUCUUACGUGCCAUUUUAACUUUGUGUCAAAUAUCAUGUCAAAAGUACGAUUUUAGUCCUUAUUUUAAAGGCGAAUUGUAUAUGACAGCUGAUCCAUAGAGUUAAAAUGGCGCUUAAAAUUAUAAUGAAUAUUGCUUCUUCGAACAAUUUCGUCGGGUACUUAGAAUGCAUGAAAAUUUUAACGGCAUUUGAAAAUUCUGUAUUGAUUUUUGAGUAGCAGGGUU